AUGAGCAACAUCCAAAACCUCCUGCUCGACUCCCUCCUGGGCACAAAGCAUGUGGACAGUGCUGCCAUCAUCAAGAUUCAUGAGCGUACUGUCUUAGUGUGCUCGCCAGGGUUUAAUAUCUCACCCAAUGAUGUCCGUGUGCUCAUCAAUGGAUUCUCCAAGAACCCUCAGCAAGUGCGAAGGGAUGGACUGUACUUCAGGGAGAAAGAUUAUGUGUGUGUCCGAGCAGAUGAGCGCUCCCUUUAUGCCAAGCAGAAUAACUCAGGGCUGGUGGUCGUUCAGACCAGUCUCUACCUCCUGGUGGCCACCUAUCGGGAGGACAUGUAUGCCAGCGUGUGUGUGGAGGCUGUCGAGAAGCUGGGUGACUACUUAAGGAAAAAGGGCAGUUAA